UAGGGGGGAAUUCAGAGUUCAUUUCCAAAUGCUGUCACCCUCUCUCUCACUAUUCCCUCCCUGCAUCACUGCCCUCACAGUUUUAGAGUGAGAAUCUGACACCAUCCUAGAGAGAGAAAGCUCGUGACUGCAAUGGAGUCUUUAUCACCCCUCCUCCUCCUCAUUUAUUACAACACCAUUUAUUCCCACCUCCAUUACCACAUUCCUCUUCGCAACCUCACUCACCAGUUCUUCUUCUUCUACUACUACCCAUAUCUUUCAUCUUCUUAUUCUAGGGUUAGGGUUUUUUAAUUCCCCCAAAAGUCUUCACAUUUCCGUAAUCUUCGCCGGCUUUUAAAAUUCCUGUCCCAAAACCUUCAUAUUAUUCUCAGGUGAAGAAGGGAAUAAUGUGGGUUUCUUUUACACCCUUUUUCUGCUGUCAUUGUUGUUGUUCUAUGAUAAUGUGAAAGGCUGGCAAGUGACUGUGUUGUGAGUGGGUAAUAAACCGAAUUAAUUCGGAGAUAAUGGAGGGUCGUCGACAUUCGGUUGAUCUUCCUAUCACAAAAACAUUGAUAGCUCUUCGAAGAGUACGGUCGCUUAGAGACCCCGACACUAACUCACUAGGCAGAUUGUCUAGCUUUGUUGAUAAUAUAAACUGGGAAACAACUUCUACUAACGAGGUUGUUCUCGAACAAGUAGAUAGUUGCGUGCGUGAAAUCGACAGCUUAGAGCCGAACAAUUUAGGUUUGUUUAGGCACAGUGAUGAUCAUGUUGUUGAUUGGGAAGCGUAUCAUGGUCAAAAUACGUAUAAACCUAAGUCGGGAUUAUGUAAGAAAACCAAUCAAUCAGCUGUAUGUGAAAACAAUUACAACGAUUUACCGUGCACAAUGCCUACACGAGAUUACAUGGAGGGUAUGGCUUCGUGUAACGAAGCAAUGGAACUGUUUUUGGAUCCGCAAAGACAAGAUCAUAAUGGAUUUAAACGAAGAUCGAACCGUCGGAGGCAUUAUAAACCAUCCAAAACCGUAGGUGGUGAUAUCAUAAGUUGUGUAAGCAGUCCGUGUCUAUCAUUGAGUGACAUUUCAUUAGGUGGGUCCAGCUGCGGUUGCGGGACACCGUUAUAUGAAAAUAAAGACGUUGAUAAUCAAGAAACUGAUUGCGACGGGUGUGGAAUCGGGUCGUGUUGGUCAAGUACUCCAAGGUUGCGGGAAAUUGGCGUUUCUAAACACUACGGUAACGAAACAACUCCGUUUUCGGAGAGUCCGAGGUGUCUGAGUCAGAAAUUCAGACCGAAAACGUUCGAUGAAUUAGUGGGACAAAACAUGGUAUCGAAAUCUCUUUUGAGUGCGAUUUCAAGUAAAAAGAUUACGUCUUUUUAUCUUUUUCACGGGCCUCGCGGAACCGGUAAAUCAUCUGCAGCAAGAAUUUUCGCAGCCGCUUUGAAUUGUUUAUCACCCGACAAGAAAAAACCGUGCGGGAAUUGCCAAGAAUGCACGUUGUUUUUCGCGGGUCGAAGUCGGGAUGUUCGGGAGCUUGAUUCUGUUAGCAUGAAUCAGGCGGAAAAUCUUAGAUAUCUUUUGAAAAAUGCCAUGCUCCCACCGGUUUCUUCAAGUUUUAAGGUUUUUAUAAUUGACGAGUGCCAGCUAAUGCUCGGGUCUACAUGGUCAACUCUUGUGAACUGCCUUAAAGAAGUAUCACGUCACAUUGUUUUCGUAAUGAUCACUCCCGACCUCAGCAAGCUGCCACGUGGCGUCAUACCCAUGUCUCAAAGGUUCCAGUUUUUAAUGAUUGGCGAAGCGGAUAUCGUUCAGAGAUUGGUGAAAAUUUGUUCAGAAGAGGGAUUUGAUUACGAUCAAGCCGCGUUGGAGUUCAUUUCUACACGAUCUAACGGAUCGUUAAGAGACGCAGAGAUGACUUUAGAGCAAUUGAGUUUGCUUGGGAAAAGAAUCACCAUGUCACUGACAUAUGAAUUGAUCGGUAUUGUUUCUGAUGAAGAAUUGCUCGAGUUACUAGCUAUGGCUUUAUCAUCCGACACUUCAAAUACCGUUAAACGUGCCCGGGAUUUAAUGAGAUCAAGAAUCGAUCCUAUGCAACUAAUAUCGCAAUUAGCGAAUCUUAUUAUGGAUAUUCUUGCUGGGAAAUUUCACGAUGACGCUUCUGAGGUUAAACGACAGUUUUUCGAAAGACAUACUUCUGAAGCUGAAUUGCAACAACUUAAUAAUGCUUUAAAAAUACUAUCUGAAACCGAAAAACAACUGAGAGCAUCUAAGAACCAAACAACAUGGCUCACUGUUGCGUUAUUACAGUUGAGCUCCGCACCACCGUUCAACCCGAAUGAUUCAAGUUUGUGUGUAAGAUCAGAACACCCAAGAGUUUCUGCUGACGAGAGCUUAAAACAUCUUGUACUAUCUCAAUGCAACCACAACAAUGGAUGUGAAUCAGAAAUGUUAAAAGACAAAGCGGCACUUGAGUUGAUAUGGAGUAGAUCUAUGGAAUUAUGCAAAUCGUUUUCGCUAAGUAACUUCCUUAAACGACAUGGGAACUUAGCUUCUGUUUGUUUUCACCAAGGAUUGGCUGUAGUUGAACUUGAAUUCAAAAAUUCGAAUCAUGCAUCAAAAGCUGAGAAAUCAUGGAAACUGAUUGCAAGUGCGUUACAAGCUGCAUUGGGCUGUAAUGUUGAGAUCCGGAUCUGUUAUUCGGAUAAUCCAAAAACUAAGAAAUCGUCGUUUAGAUUAUUCAGUUGUGCUAGAGGAAACAAGCUUUUGUCCAACAAGAACGGCAACAAAUUAUCUGAAAACAUUAACAAUGUCUCUGACGGUGGGUCCCAUGGAUUGCGUACUUGUCAGAGAAAAGAAGCAGCGAGAAUGAUAAGAAAUAGUGAUGGAAACGCAUUGACUAUUGAUUUGUCUGGUCAAGAAUUAUAUCGACAGCCAUGCCGUUGUUUUCCUCGAAGGGUGAAACAUCAUAAGAAGAUUCGUUCGUUAGAUACAUAUACGACUAGUGAAGCAGACAACAACCUCGCUUUGCAUGUUUCUGAGACGACAUCAUCAAAAACAUGUUCUUGCACUGGCGGAACUUAUGUCGUCUGUGGUUUAUGCAAAAAAGUCACUUGUUGCAAUGGGGUUGACAGGCAGAAAAAGGACUCCAAAGUGCAUUGUUGGAAAUCGCCCAUGUUUCCUUUGAAGAAGGCGUGGCAGCUGAGGCUUCGGCCGCAAGGAGCAUAGUCUGGUGGAAUAUAAAGGUCUGCCUAUGGUGUAAGUAUACAAAGUGAUCAUAUACAAGAAGACUUCAUGACCAUUCUUAAUGUUUUGUUGUUUAUCAGGAGACUUGUUGUAGUAUAUUUGCUAUGUUUAAGAAGGUUCAAUGGAAAAAUAUGUUUUCGAUUUGUAUAACUUUGAAAGAUUCUAAUCCCCUUAAUUGAAUGCCCACAUAUGUUUUGGGUGACAAUGUAA